CCUUUAAAGUCAUGGCUCCUUCCUCCUGACCUGCUCUGUCCCGAGACCCGAGCGUCCAGGACCCUGGGUGGACUGUGAGGGGAUCUCUGAGGAGAGCAGAGUUUCCCACCACUUCCCCUCUGUUUCUGGGGUCAUGUGGAGCAGGGGACCACUGCUCGGGGCUCAGGAAGGCCAUAGAGCCGGGUCGGGUGGCUCCCGGGAGGAAGUGGACAAGACAAGCCUUCCGUUAAGCAGCCGCCGUGUGCCAGGGCCUGUGCCUAGGCCUUGCUGGACCCUGGCGCUGGGGGGUGUCAUCAUUCCCAUUACAGAGCAGAGGCAGAGCACGGAGCAGCUGGCUGAUUCCCCUGGGCCAGACAGCCGCAAGGGCCAGGGCCAGCAUCCGGGCUCAGACAUGAACACCUUCAGGAGUCACCUCCCUCUGACGGAGACCAGCCAGGCCCAGGAGGGAGAAAGGCAGGGGCAGCUCCUGUCCCCCAGCGUAACCCAGUACCAUGGGGAGGCCGCUCUGCAGGCCACCCUGCUGGGCCUGGAGGCCCUCCGCAAGGCCUACCCCGAAGCGCUGGCUCCUGGAGGCACUGCCCGCGUGACUCCCACCUCCCCCUGGCCCUGCCCCCUCCCCUGGCCUUGCCAAGCUCUGGCCCAGGUGAGCCCCCCUGGGGCCCAGGACGCCAGGUCCCUGCUGCUGGAGGCACUGAGGCGCCCAGGGCUGCGGGCUCUGGAAGCCGGGACAGCAGCUGAACUCCUGGAUGUCUUCUUGGGCCUGGAGGCCGACGGUGAAGAGCUGGCUGAGGCCAUCGCUGCCGGGAGCCCAGGCGUGCCCCUCCCCAGGCGGGCAGCUGACCUGAGGGAGACUCUCGAGCAGGGGCCCCGAGGACUGGCCCUCCGGCUCUGGCCCAAGCUGCAGGUGGUGGUGACCUUGGAUGCAGGAGGCCAAGCCGAGGCGGCGGCGGCCCUGGAGGCCCUGUGGUGCCAAGGCCUGGCCUUCUUCUCGCCUGCUUACGUGGCCGCCGGAGGAGUGUUGGGCCUGAACCUGUGGCCAGAGCAGCCCCGCGGCCUCUACCUGCUGCCUCCCGGGGCUCCCUUUCUGGAGCUGCUCCAAGUCACGAAAGGAGCCCGGGAAGAGGCUGCCCCCACCGUUCUGCUAGCCGAAGCCCAGCAGGGCAAAGAGUACGAGCUGGUGCUGACCGACCGUGCCAGCCUCACCAGGUGCCGCCUGGGUGACGUGGUCCAGGUGGUGGGUGCCUACAACCAGUGCCCAGUGGUCAGGUUCAUCCGCAGGCUGGGCCAGGCCCUGAGCGUGCGGGGAGAAGACACUGGAGAGGACACGUUCUCUGAGGCCCUGAGUCUGGCCGUGGGGCAGUGGCCAGGGGCCAAGCUGCUGGACCACAGCUGCACAGAGAGCAGCAUUCUGGAUUCCUCCGAGGGCUCUGCGCCCCACUAUGAGGUGUUUGUGGCUCUGAAGGGGCUGAGAAACCUGUCAGAGCAAAACCGAGACAAGCUUGACCGCUGCCUCCAGGAAGUCUCUCCCCACUACAAGUCCCUGCGGUUCCGGGGCAGCGUGGGCCCCGCCAGAGUGCACCUGGUGGAGCAGGGGGCCUUCCGAGCGCUCCGGGAAGCCCUGGCAGCCGGCCCCGCAGCCCCCUUCCCUCCUGAGAUGCCCCGGGUCCUUCGGCACAGGCACCUGGCCGGGGUCCUGCAGAGGCGGGUGGUGUCCUGAGCUGAGGGCCUGGUCACUGCCUGGUCCACCUCAGAGGUCCCCUCACUCUUUCCUCUGGGGCCUCUCUGGACGGGGAGCGCCUGGCCAGGGUGUCUGACUGUGUCACCGGACAGUGGCUCAUCGAGCUGCUGCGCCUCGGGGAGGUCCCACCUGGCAGCACCCCCACUCUGCCUGUGAGGCUUCCAAGUAGAGAUGCCAGCAGUGCCCUGCCUGGAGCCCCCUUGAGCUGCGGCAGAGACCCCACGUGCCAGCGGCUCCUGUGUCCGGCCCAGUGCACCAGGCAGGCCGGAAGUGACGGGACUUAACCCCAGUCGACAAGGAACAGGAGCCGGUGAAUGCAGACCUCAGCUCCCCGCCCCUCGCGGCGUGAGACUGAAGGGGCCUUGGCACCGUCUGGCAGGUGCCCUGCAGUGCCCACAGCAGUAACCUGAUUCUUAUGGCUUCCUCCCACCCCCACUCCUAUUGUGCUUUCUGGGAUCACCUCCCAAAUAAACCUCUUGCACCCAGA